AUGAUAGUAAGAAAUGAUACAUCUAGGUUUCGUGUAGUGUGUAAGGGGUUCAAUCCUAAACUGGUCAGGUUUGAAACAGAGGCAAAAGAUGGGGCUGUUGCUGAAGAUGUAACAAACAUUAGGGGUAAAACAAAAGCAAAAGGGCUGGAAGUUGAAGAUGUGACAGUUGGGGGUAUAUCUAGAAGUAAAUUAAAUGUUGGGGGUAUAUCUGGAAGUUCAUUAAAUAUUGGGGGUACAUCUGUAAAUUCAGCAAAAAGUGCAAGUGGGCCUAAAGUUAAACCUAAACCUAAAAAAAGGGAUAUAAACACUACAUGUCCUUGGCUGCUGCACAUAUCAAAGAGCAAGAGUGUCGGCUCUUGGGUAGUUAAAACCUUCUUGAAAGAGCACAUAUGUUUAAACACAAGGGAUGUUAGGCUCUGCACAUUCGGUUGGUUGGCUAGGGAGAUAGAAGGUACUAUUCGGAUUAAUCCUACUAUUCCACUCAAAUCCUUACAAGAUAUGAUACAAAAGAAGUUCCACGUAGAAAUUACUGUAAUGCAGAUGUUUAGGGCUAGGUCUCAGGCAACAAAGAGAGUUCAAGGUGAUUAUAAUGUUCAAUAUACAAUGCUUACAGACUACUGUGAAGAAUUGCUUAGGGCUAAUCCUGGUACAACAAUAAAAAUAGAGGUUGAGAAGGAGCCUAACCCAAAUUCUCCAACAAGGCAGUUUAAAAGGAUAUACAUUUGUUUAGCUGGUUUAAAAAGCGGAUUUCAGAUAGCUGGUAGAAAUUUGUUGGGUUUAGAUGGAUGUUUCAUGAAGGGGCCUUAUCCAGGGCAGGUCUUAACUGCAGUUGGUAUAGAUGCAAACAAUGGCAUCUACCCGGUAGCCUAUGCAUUGGUUGAGUCAGAAUCUAAAGCUUCAUGGACAUGGUUUUUGAUGUGCUUGGGAGAUGAUCUAGGGCUGGAUCCCAACUCAUAUUUCACCUUUAUAAGUGAUAGGCAGAAAGGUAUAAUACCAGCAAUAGAAAAGGUGUAUCCAAAGGCUGAACAUAGGUUCUGCCUAAGGCAUAUACAUAAAAAUAUGAAACCAAGAUGGAAGGGUGAUGUCUACAAAGAUUUGUUAUGGAGCUGUGCUAGUGUCCUUACACCAAGAGGUUGGGAAAAUGCAAUGAAGGCAGUUGAGGAAGAAGAUAACGACUUACAUGACUGGUUGAAAGAAAUUCCUCCAAGGCAUUGGUCUAGAUCUCAUUUCAGUGGUAGGGCAAAGUGUGAUGUACUCCUGAACAAUCUGUGUGAGGUCUUCAAUAGGGUGUCGGAAAAAUUAUCAAGGGUAUCGGUUCAGGGUUGUUAUAUGGUGUAUGGUAGGGACAAACCUAUCAUCACUUGUCUUGAAUUCAUUAGGGAAUACCUAAUGAAAAAGAUUGUGGUUGUCAAAAAGCUAAUUGCCAAGUGUAAUGGUCCUUUAACACCUGCUGCUACUAGGAUCUUUGAUGCAAUCAAGUCUGAAGCCUCACAGUACACUUGCAUUUGGACUGGAGGAACAAAGUAUCAGAAUCAGGGUCUACAUGGAGGUGGGGAACCCAUACCAGAAAGGUGGGUUGAUCAAGCAUACUGGUAUGAAACAUGGAAGCUGGUUUAUGAGUGUACCAUUGAACCAAUCAAUGGUAUGGAUGAAUGGCCAAAGUCGAGAUGCCCCACCACUUUGUUACCUCCUAAACAUCAUAACCAGAUAGGCAGACCAAAGAAAAAGAGGAAGAAGUUAGCAGAGGAAUUAAGUCAAACACAGACCCAAACACAGAAUACUGAAGCAUCCAUUCCAGAUGCGGGAAAGUUGACUAGAAAGGGAAACACUAUAACCUGUGAGAUUUGCAAGGCAAGAGGCCACAACAAGAGGACAUGCAAGAAAAGACAGAAAAAACAAGAUGUAGAUGCAAGUCAAGAUGGUGCAAGUCAGGUUGGUGCAAGUCAAAGUGGUGCAGGUCCAAGUGAAAAUGUUGGUGCAAGUCAAAGUGGUGCAGUUUAG